AAAGUCAUCCAGCACACUCUACAUGCUGUCGCAUCAAAUGCACCGAGCCUUCUCUUGAUGAUAUAUAUUUGGGCUGGCAGCACCCCUUCUCUGCCAAUAUCGAGCCUUCAUCUUCUCUACUUCUUCUCCAUCUUCUUCAGCGAUUCAAAAGUGCUAUUUCCGCCCUUCGCUCGUCGACUUCAACCCCUCUCGGGAACUUCCGAGAAAAUUUCAAGAGUGAUCAGCCUGACAACAUGCCCGAGAUUCUCGUGAGCGGAAAGCCCCGAAAGUUUGCCUGUGAGCCUUGUAUCCGCGGACAUCGCUCUUCGAAAUGCCAGCAUCACGACCGCACUCUUGUGGAGGUCCGCAAACCUGGCCGGCCUCUGAGCACUUGCCCUCAUGUCGGAUCACACUGCACUUGCGAUAGGCUCAGACUUGCUUUGCCUCGAAAAUCAAGUUGCGCAUGCGGACCAACCGUCUCUUCCACCGAUGCAGCGAGCUCGACACCCAGGUUUGAAGCUACUGGCGAACCAGGCCCAGCAGGGGAACAACGGUCUGUUCCAGCACUCCUUUCUGGGGCCAUUUCCUCGCCGCACAGAGUCCAAAAGUCCAGCAAAAGGAAGACGAGCGCAAUGGUGGUUGUGCCUGAGUCUAUCGCAAGAUCGAAUAGGUCUCGCGCGCCGACCGCUCCUCAGCAGAGCUCCAUAGUGGAAAACCUCAGCUGUGCUUCACGGUCUCCCUUUCAAUCAGGCCCACCUCCAAAUAUGCCUCCGAAUGUGCCCUAUUCAUCAAACUUUGCCUUCAGUCCCACUUCCACCGUUGACCAACAACCUCCCUACUCUUCCUUGGACCCCACCAUGUCUGCGACAAGUCGACAGUCUGGGCAGCCGCCUUUGCGCCUUGGCUUGACGGGUAGCGGCGGCUACCCUGCAAUCAAGGACGAGGUUGGCUGGACCGGUGCCUGGCCAAGUCCCUAUGGCGAAUCAUACAGCCGUCCGGCGAGCACAAUUACAGAGCAGCAACCAAAGCCUGCGGGUGGAUGCUGUGGUCCUAAGCGUGAAUCUUCUCGUCCCUCGGCUCAGUCUCCUCUGAAAGCUCGAGAAACGUCACCGUCGGGCUUCCAAGUGUCGACGGUCCCUCAAGCCGAAUCACAUGACCACUCUCUUCCGUCGCAGCAAAGGACCGCCACUUCAUCUGAAAGCUCUUCAAGGUCAUCCUCCUCACUUAGAUCCUCAAACAUUCGAGGUGAACCCUACACAUUUCCGUCUUCCUAUGCCUCAUCGUAUCAGAGUAUUCCAAGCCUACCUGGUAUUGCCAAUGGUCAACACAUCCCUUUUUUAGCCGAGGGACCCCAGCACAAUUUUUCCCCAGGAGCGAUGAAUUAUCCAAUGCAGCUGAACAACUCCAUCCUGGAGAGCCUUGGACAUGAUUGCAAUUGCGGCGAUGCUUGCAGUUGUCUGGCCUGCCCUACUCAUCCUUACAAUGACACUUCCGUUAAAUUCGCUGAAUCAAUCUAUGACUUCAUGGUCAACGAGAAUCACUACGACGGAUCGGAUAGUGACUCACCCACUGGGCCGGUUCCAGAGUCAUCAGCGGAAUCUGCCUGCUGCAGUGGUAACGCGAUGCCCAGGCCUCCACACCAAUCGCCAGCAGAGCUUCAAGGUACUGUGAGUGCCGCUCAGCGGCCUUCUGAGGAUGCGUUUGCUUCCCAUUCAGAGAAUCUUCGCUCUGGGUCGCAAGCUACCCUGCCAAGCAUGGAUGGCUCGGAGCCACAACGGGCAUCCUUUGAUGCGAUCAAUAAUUUCUACGGCGAUGAACCUCAACUUAUCAACUCACCUUCACUUUACUAUCAUCUUGAAUACCCGCUGAAGGUAGAGUGUUCGAACGAAGGUGGCAGCUGUCAGUGCGGAGAAGGAUGCUCCUGCACCGGGUGCUUUACUCAUCUCGGUCAUACUGGCGUUCCCCUAGAGCCAUUAGCUAUGCCGAUGUUUGAUUCUGCGGACCUUGGAAUGGAUAUGCAGAAUUCAGAGUGGCAAUCUUCACCUUUUUCUUCUUCCGCGUUCAGCCGUCUCUAAAGUGCAUCCGGAGGUUCUAUACAAAGUCGUUUAGUUAUUGUUGAACGUUUAUGCGGUAAAUUUACACAGCGGUCGGUACCUACGCGGGAUAUGAAUAGAGGGUAUGGUUCUUGUUUCGAACAACGGUUGGACACAUUUUGUUCUGCAUAUUUUCAUAUCAGCAUUUUUUUUUGGGCGCAAUUGGCUUUCGAUAUCAGUUAUAUUUUUCUUUUGGGAACUUCUGUCGUAUGCAAGAGCGCGUACAAAAUAUUACGGGUCAGCGAGUUUAAGAGAGAAUGAGAUUACCUACCUAGCGUUUGCCUUCCAACUCUUAGUGUUCAAUGCGUCUUACAAUCAUACUCGUCCUUUGAACGUGUUGCAUUUCACAGGAAAUCGUAACCACUUAUUUGAAACCAUAGUGGGGUAGUACAGAGAAACCAAAAAAGGACAAUUG